UUCACUUUUUGAAGACUGAGGGGGAACAACACCGUAGGGGAGAACAAAAAAAACAUUUGACAGUGUUUGUUUUAGGAUUCGUGACGUGUUUCCACAAUGUCUACGAAAGCAGAGCAAUUUGCCUCUAAGAUACGAUACUUGCAAGAGUAUCACAACCGCGUGCAACACAAUAUUUACCCCGUGCCCUCCGGAACAGACAUUGCAAACACACUGAAAUACUUUUCCCAAACCCUGCUCAGCAUUCUGUCCCGCACAGGCAGGAAGGAGAACCAGGAAGCUUCCAAUUUGGCCGUGCCCAUGACCAUGUGUCUUUUUCCUGUGCCAUUCCCACUCACCCCAUCUCUAAGACCACAAGUCAGUUCCAUCAACCCUACAGUUACUCGCUCCCUCCUUUACAGCGUUCUGCGUGAUGCCCCAUCAGACCGCGGGGGGCAGGGGCAGCAGAGUCGGGACGCUCAGCUCUCAGAGUACCCCUCUCUGGACUAUCAGGGGCUCUAUGCGACCCUCGUGACCCUGCUUGACCUGGUGCCCCUGCUGCAGCACGGUCAGCAUGAUCUGGGACAGUCCAUAUUUUACACAACAACUUGCCUCCUGCCCUUUCUCAGUGACGAUAUUCUCAGCACUUUACCCUACACUAUGAUCUCCACUUUAGCUACAUUCCCCCCAUUCCUGCACAAAGACAUCAUUGAGUACCUGAGCACCUCUUUCCUCCCAAUGGCUAUAUUGGGUUCCACUAGAAGAGAAGGGGGCGUCCCAGCAUAUGUCAAUCUCUCUGCCUCCUCUAUGCUAAUGAUUGCUAUGCAAUAUACUUCCAACCCAGUAUACCACUGUCAGUUGUUGGAGUGUCUUAUGAAGCACAAGCAGGAAGUGUGGAAGGACCUGCUGUAUGUCAUAUCCUAUGGACCAUCCCAAGUCAAACCUCCAGCCGUGCAGAUGCUCUUUCAUUAUUGGCCAAACCUAAAGCCCCCAGGAGCCAUCAGUGAAUACAGUGGACUGCAGUACACAGCCUGGAACCCCAUCCAUUGCCAACACAUUGAGUGUCACAAUGCCAUCAAUAAACCUGCUGUCAAGAUGUGCAUCGACCCCACCCUCUCCGUUGCCCUGGGAGACAAGCCCCCUCCUCUAUACAUCUGUGAGGAGUGCAGCCAAAGGAUAGCAGGAGACCAUUCAGAAUGGCUUGUUGAUGUGCUCUUGCCCCAAGCUGAGAUAUCUGCUAUUUGUCAAAAGAAGAACUGUAGCUCUCAUGUCAGGAGGGCGGUUGUCACCUGCUUCUCAGCUGGUUGCUGCGGGCGCCAUGGCAACCGGCCUGUCCGCUACUGCAAGCGUUGCCAUGUCAACCACCACAGCAGCGAGGUGGGGGCUGCGGCGGAGACCCAUCUUUACCAGACCUCCCCACCUCCCAUCAACACCCGUGAGUGUGGGGCAGAGGAGUUGGUGUGCACUGUGGAGGCUGUUAUCAGUCUACUGAAGGAGGCAGAGAUCCACGCGGAGCUACGUGAGUUUGAGCUGAACAGGCGUCGUCAGAUGGGCCUGUCUGCCUCCCACCACUCCCUGGACAACAUCGACUUUGACAACAAGGAGGACGACCAGCACGACCAGAGGCUCCUCAGUCAGUUUGGCAUCUGGUUCCUGGUGAGCCUGUGCACCCCCAGUGAGAACACGCCCACGGAGAGCCUGGCGCGGCUUGUGAGCAUGGUGUUCCAGUGGUUCCACUCCACAGCCUACAUGAUGGACGACGAGGUGGGCUCCCUGGUGGAGAAGCUCAAGCCCCAGUUUGUCACCAAGUGGCUGAAGACUGUGUGUGACGUGCGCUUCGACGUCAUGGUGAUGUGCCUGCUGCCCAAACCGGUGGAGUUUGCCAGGGUGGGGGGUUACUGGGAUAAGUCUUGCAGCACGGUGACCCAGCUGAAGGAGGGGCUGAACCGGAUCCUGUGCCUGAUCCCCUACAAUGUGAUCAGCCAGCCGCUGUGGGAGUGCUUCAUGCCAGAGUGGCUGGAGGCCAUCCACACUGAGGUGCCUGACCAGCAGCUCAAGGAGUUCAGAGAAGUGCUCAGCAAGAUGUUUGACAUUGAGCUGUGCCCUCUGCCCUUCUCCAUGGAGGAGAUGUUUGGGUUCAUUAGCUGCAGGUUCUCAGGCUACCCAGCAUCUGUGCAGGAGCAGGCUCUGCUCUGGCUGCAUGUGUUGUCAGAGCUGGACAUUGUGGUGCCUCUGCAGCUGUUAAUCGGGAUGUUCUCUGACGGGGUGAACUCUGUGAAGGAACUGGCCAAUCAGAGAAAGACUCGAGUCUCAGAUCUAACUGGCGAAAAUACUGAGGCUCGGAGGGAAAGCGUGGUUUCAGAUCCAGGCCGCCGUGGGCCGCACAACACCCUGAGCCCGUUCCCCAGUCCGUUCCGGAGCCCAUUCCGGAGCCCCCUGUACUGCAGCCCCUUUAAGAACCUGGGCCAUGCUACGGGACACUGUGCCCUGGACCUGGACUGUGACGAUGAUGACAUGAACCUGGGCUGCUUCAUCCUCAUGUUCGACCUCAUCCUCAAACAGAUGGAGCUCCAGGAUGACGGCGUGAUGCUCGGUCUGGAAAACAGCCUGGGGAAGGACAUUGUGGGCAUCAUCAACAACAUCUUCCAGGCCCCAUGGGGGGGCUCCCACACCUGUCAGAAGGACGAGAAGGCCCUGGAGUGCAGCCUGUGCCAGUCCAGCAUUUUGUGCUACCAGCUAGGCUGUGAGCUCCUGGAGAGACUCACCCCCAGGGAGGAGAUACGGCUGGUGGAGCCAACAGACAUCUUGGAGGACACAUUGCUGUUGCCUCAAGUGUUUGGGCCUGAACAACGGACAAAGCAAGGGACAGAGGAAGCGGACAACCCUGCCAGCACACACACUGACAACCCUACAAUUCAAAGUUACUCUCCUGACAACCCACCAAUGAAGAAUAAUGCUGAUAAGAAGUUUUCCUACCAGCAGCUCCCUGUGUCUCUCAAGCUAAUAUACACUAUUCUGCAGGAAAUGUCUAAGUUUGAGGAGCCUGAUAUCCUGUUCAACAUGCUGAACUGUCUGAAGAUCCUAUGUCUCCAUGGAGAGUGUCUGUACCUGGCCUGUAAGGACCACCCCCAGUUUCUGGCCCACAUCCAGGAGAAGAUGCUAAUUCCCAGCCUGUGGACCAUGCUGAAGUCCGAGUUCUGCCAGCUGGCCUCCCUGGCCGUGCCUCAGCUCCUGCAUGCCCUCUCCCUCUCCCACGGAGCAGACAUCUUUUGGAACCUGGUGGACAGCAACUUUAACAGCAAGGACUGGAAGAUACGCUUCGAAGCAGUGGAGAAGGUGGCGGUGCUCUGUCGGUUCCUAGACAUUGGUUCUUUGACGAAGAACCAUCUGCUGAAGUACUCCCUGGCCCAUGCGUUCUGCAGCUUCCUGACCUCUGUAGAGGAUGUCAACCCGGCUGUGGCCACACGCGCCAGGCUUCUGCUGGACACCAUCAAGAGCCCAGCACUACAGGGUUUGUGUCUGUGCCUGGACUUCCAGUUCGACACUGUGGUGAGGGACCGACCCAUCAUCCUCAGCAAGCUGCUGAUGCUGCACCACUUGAAGCAGGAGGUCCCUGCCCUCAGCUGGGAGUUCUUUGUCAACCGCUUUGAGACGCUCUCCCUGGAGGCCCAGCUCCACCUGGACUGCAACAAGGAGUUCCCUUUCCCAACCACCAUCACAGCUGUGCGCACCAACGUGGCCAACCUUAGUGAUGCAGCGAUGUGGAAAAUCAGACGUGCGCGCUUUGCCAGGAACCGCCAGAAGAGUGUACGUUCCCUCCGUGACAGCGUCAAGGGCCCGUCCACGACCAAGCGAGCCUUCUCCCUCCCAGAGACUCUGUGUAACCGACUACCUUUAAGGCUUACGAGGCAAGAGCACUCUGCCCCGACUCUGGGAGAUAUGAUAGAGAAAGUCCUGCCAGCACGCUUCCUCCCGCCCUUUAACCCUGACGCUUCGGCCCCUUUCCUAGGCCACAGCCCCUCACCGGAGGAUGACUCAGUCAUCAGGGACCUGCUCCCAGAGGAUGCUGGGAUAGACCACCAGACGGUGCACCAGCUCAUCAUGGUGCUCAUGAAGUUCAUGGCCAAAGACAAGAGCAGUGCCGAGGCAGACAUCGGCAGUGCCAAGGCCUUCAACUCGGUGAAGCGCCACCUGUAUGUGCUGCUGGGCUAUGACCAGCAGGAGGGUUGCUUCAUGAUCGCACCGCAAAAGAUGAGGACCUCCACCUGCUUCAAUGCUUUCAUCGCUGGCAUCGCACAGGUGAUGGACUACAACAUUGGGUUGGGGAAGCAGCUGCUCCCCCUGGUGGUCCAGGUGUUGAAGUACUGCACCUGCCCCCAGCUCAGACACUACUUCCAGCAGCCGCCGCGCUGCUCUCUCUGGGCCCUGCAGCCACACAUCAGACAGAUGUGGCUCAAAGCCCUGCUGGUCAUCCUCUACAAGUACCCCUACAGGGACAUGGACGUGAGUAAAGGGGUUCUGCACCUGAUCCACAUCACCAUCAACACCCUGAAUGCCCAGUACCACAGCUGUAGACCCCAUGCCACCGCCGGACCCCUCUACAGUGACAACUCCAACAUCAGCCGCUACAACGAGAAAGAGAAAGAGGAGGACAGUGUGUUUGAUGAGUCUGACAUCCAUGACACCCCAACUGGAGCAGGCAACAAGGAGUCCCAGACCUUCUUCGCCCGUCUGAAAAGGAUCGGUGGCAGCAAGUCUGUCAAGUACCAGCCGGUGGAGCUGAAUGCCCAGAAAAGUGAAAUUGAGCUGUCUGAGUACCGCGAGGCCAGUGCCCUGCAGGACAGCAUCUUGCACUGUGUGAAGGAGGAGAGCACCAGGAAGAAGCGUCUGCAGGCCAUGCACAAGCAGAAGUCCCUGGACAUUUCCAACACUGACUCCAUCCUCUACAACCUGGAUGAGCACCGACGCAAGUCCUGCAUAGACCGCUGUGACCUGCAGCAUGGUCCCUCCGCACCCCCCUCCUCCACCACCUCCCACCCCAGGCGGACAGGGGGCCAUGGGAAGGGCUCGUCAGACGGCUCCUCAGGCCGAGCGGAGGGCAGUGACCACCAGGAACGUUCAGGCUCCCUGAAGGGCCACUCAGACUGCUCCAGGCCUGUCAUCCCAGAGGUGCGUCUCAGCUGCAUGGAGACUUUUGAGGACAAGGCCGACUUGGACUCCCCUCUUACAGGCGGCUCUUCUGCAGAGAAGGAGGACCAGGACCUCAUUGACCUCUCCUCCGACUGCACUUCCAUCCCAGAGAAGCACUCCAUCCUCUCCAUGUCCGACAGCGACUCCCUGGUGUUUGAGCCCCUACCACCACUGAGGAUAGUGGAGAGUGACGAGGAGUUUGACCUGAAUACGGUGAUGGGCCCCAGGUUGAAUGGGAGUGCCAGGCCCCCUGCUUCCCCUGCCAGGCCCGCUGUCUCCCCUGCCAGGCCCGCUGUCUCCCCUGCCAGGCCCGCUGCCUCCCCUGCCAGGCCCGCUGUCUCCCCUGCCAAGCCCGCUGCCUCCCCUGCCAGGCCCCCCGCCUCCCCUGCCGGCAGCAGCACCCUGCACCUGUCCGCUAUGGUGCAGGUGAGUGUGGAGGACUGCUCUAAGGACAAGAGGACCACAGACUCCCAAGCAAAAGAAAGCCCCCAACAGCCUCUACAGAGGAGGCCACGCUAUGCGACCCCCACCACCUCCCUGGAGCUGCCUGACUGGCUGGAGCACCCUGGCCUGGAGAGUCCCAUGACCCUCAGCUUACAACAGAAGAGGGACCUGCUGAGGAAGACCCCUGCUGUCCCUGACACCUCCCUGGAUGACUUUGUGCACCCUGAGGACCUGAAGGCAGCGGUGGGUCUGGGGACCAGUCCCUCUGGCAGGACGGUCUUCCUGGACAUCCCUGAGGACACAGUUGAACCCCUCACCUCUCUGGAGGGGAACAACAACGAUGAAGAGGAAUAUUAUGAAGAAGAUGAUGAUGACCUUGAUGACAGUGACCUUAAACCUGAUGAUGAUGAUAAUGAUGAAGAUGAUGAUGAUGAGAAUGACGAGGCAGAGUUUAAGAUCCAGAUAGUUCCCCGGCAACGCAAACAGAGGAAGAUAGCUGUGAGCGCCAUCCAGAGAGAGUACCUGGACAUCUCCUUCAACACCCUGGACAAACUGGGUGAGCAGCCCACUGAUACAGAUCACAAAGUUCUGUCUACCCUGGAAAAGCCACGGGAAUCCGCCUCAGCCCCCACCCUCGAAGCUGCUAUCCCAGAAACAAGCAACCGCUCUUCAGUAUCAACUCAGUACCGUCAGGCAAAGCGAGGCUCGUUGGGAGCUCUAACCAUGAGCCAACUGAUGAAAAGACAGCUGGAGCACCAGUCCAGUGCCCCUCACAACAUCAGCACCUGGGAGACAGGCCCCACCAAGACCAGCCUUCUAUCUGCCCCCAGUACAGUCAGCAUGUUUGUGCCCGCCCCUGAGGAGUUCAUUGAUGACCAGCCCACCACCAUGACUGACAGGUGUCGUGACUGUGGUGCGGUGCUAGAGGAGUAUGAUGAGGAGACCCUGGGCCUGGCAGUGGUGGUGCUCUCCAUGUUCAUCCACCUCAGCCCUGACCAGGCCGCUCCACUGCUGCUGGACAUCAUGCAGUCUGUGGGCAGGCUGGCGUCUAGUGCUAAUUUCUCUGGGCAAGCUGAGAGUAUGCUGAUCCCUGGCAACGCAGCAGGUGUGGCUAAGCAGUUCCUCCGCUGUGUGAUCCACCAGCUGGCCCCCAACGGCAUCCUGCCCCAACUCUUCCAGAGCAACAUCAAAGAUGGAGGUUUUCUGAGAACAUUGGCUUUUUCCCUGAUUGAUUUUAAUGAACUGAGUUCUGUGGCUGCACUGAACCAGCUGCUGGAGGGUCUGAACAACAAGAAGAGUCUACCAGCAGGGGGCACCAUGCUGCACUGCCUGGAGAACGUCGCCACCUUCAUGGAGGCCCUGCCCAUGGACUCCCCCAGCAACCUGUGGACCACCAUCUGCAAUCAGUUCCAGACCUUCCUCACUAAACUACCCUCAGUGCUGCCUCUGAAGUGUCCCCUGGACUCCAGUUUGAGGAUCAUCAUUUGCCUGUUGAAGAUCCCCACCACAAGUGCAACCCGGAGCUUACUGGAGCCCUUCUCCAAACUGCUGAGCUUUGUCAUCCAGUAUGGAGUGUUCAGCCUCUCUUACCUGGUGGAGCUGUGUGGCCUCUGCUACAAAGCCUUCAAUAAGGAGAGAGAUAAGUUCUAUAUGUCUCGUAUUGUGGUGCUGGAGCUUCUGCAGGCUCUGAAGUUCAAGUCUCCUCUACCCGAUACUAACCUGCUACUGCUGGUCCAGUUUGUUUGUUCAGAUAUUGGUACGAGGCUAGCAGAGUCUACUAUUCUAUCAAAGCACAUGAUCUCAUCACUUCCAGGGUGCACGACAGCAGCAAUGGAAUGCAUGAGGCAAUACAUCAGUGAACUUCUAGACUUCAUAGCGGAUAUGCACACACUGACCAAACUAAAAAGCCAUAUGAAGGCGUGUUGUCAGCCGCUGCACGAGGACACGUUCGGAGGGAACCUGAAAGUGGGCCUCGCACAGAUAGCUGCUAUGGAGAUCAGCAAAGGCAAUCACCGUGACAACAAGGCAGUGAUCCGUUAUCUUCCCUGGCUCUACCAUCCCCCGUCUGCCAUGCAGCAGGGUCCUAAGGAGUUCAUUGAGUGUGUGUCCCACAUCCGCCAGCUGUCCUGGCUGCUCCUGGGCUCGCUGACCCACUAUGCCCUGCACCAGGGCUCCACCUGCUGUAUGCCCAUCCCCCUGGACGCUGGCUCACACAUUGCUGACCACCUCAUCGUCAUCCUCAUCGGCUUCCCUGAACAAUCCAAGACGUCAGUGCUGCACAUGUGCUCCCUGUUCCAUGCCUUCAUGUUUGCGCAGCUGUGGACCAUUUACUGUGAGCAGUCGGCGGCCACUCCGGCCCUGCAGAACCAGAAUCAGACAGAGUUCUCCUCCAACGCCAUCCUGACCGGCCUGGAGUUCUGGAGCCGUGUUACACCCAGCAUCUUGCAGCUCAUGGCCCACAACAAAGUGAUGGUGGAGAUGGUGUGUCUACAUGUCAUUAGCCUGAUGGAGGCUCUACAAGAAUGCAACUCAACCAUCUUUGUGAAGUUAAUACCUAUGUGGUUGCCCAUGAUUCAAUCUAACCUAAAGCACCUGUCUGCAGGGCUACAGCUGCGGCUGCAGGCCAUCCAGAACAGAGUGAACCACCAGUGUCUGCAGGGCCAGGCGGCCGGGGCCCUGCCCUUCGCCCUGCGCAAGUGGCUGCAGUGCACCCAGUUCAAGAUGGCCCAGGUGGAGAUCCAAUCAUCCGAGGCUGCCUCGCAGUUCUACCCCAUGUGACCUGCCUACCUCUCAGUAUGGGAGAUCAUCCGAGACCCAGUCCUCCUCAGGACCAGCAUGCAUCUGUCUGCUGCCUGCCUGUCCAUAAACAUCAGGAAGUUGACUCCUGCAUAAACUGACUCUUGCCGUCUUAAGACUCUGCGUCUGACGUAAUCAUCUUCAGCACCUUCUAAACUUUGUAUAUCUAUACUACUCUUUCGUACAAUGAAAGGAUAGGUAAGUACAGGUUGGGCAGGUGUGCAGAUGCAGGGGGAUCACAGUACUGUAGAUAAUAGCAUAGGUGUCCAACAUGCUGUGUGCCGCAUCAGAGGUCAGAACAGAUGGAGAGAAUAUCUAUCAGCAGAUGAUAGAGUGGAAGAGUCUGGAUGAGGAAUGCUGAAGCUCAGACUUGUUCACUUGGUGAUGCUCAUGGUCUAUAGCGUUAUGUUCAGUUGCUUGGAUGCAAGCCUGAUGAAAAUAAUAAAAUCAAGCCACAUUUUCUAAAUAUA